AUGGGCGGUGGGAGAGGGAUAGUGCAGAGGCUUUGUAUCAUUCUAGCAAUAUCUCCAGCCAAUCAAGAUAUUGCAACGUCAGAUGCUAUCAAACUUGCUAGGGAAGUCGAUCCCAGUGGUGAUCGGACCUUUGGCGUGUUGACUAAGCUGGAUUUGAUGGACAAAGGAACUAAUGCAUUGGAUGUUCUUGAAGGAAGAUCUUAUCGACUUCAACAUCCUUGGAUUGGAAUUGUGAACCGUUCACAGGCUGACAUCAAUAAAAAUGUUGACAUGAUAGUUGCAAGGCGCAAGGAACAUGAGUACUUUGCAACCAGUCCUGACUAUGGGCACUUGGCCAGUAAAAUGGGCUCGAUGUAUCUUGCAAGACUCCUCUCAAAGCUUUAUUUUUGUGUACCUUCAUUGAAUAUUAAGACAAUUAUUUUCAUAGGCUUAUCAACAGAUGUUGUGAUCUUGUUUUUAGCACUUGGAGUCUGUAAUUAG